CACUUACAACACAAAUACGUAACCUAAAACCUUGUUGUAUAGAUUUACAGACCUUGUCGUAUCGAUUUACAUAUAUAUAUAGCACCUCAGUUCUGAAUCCCAGUUAAUUGCAUAUUUAUCAACAAUGAGACCACAAGGUAUGAAUAGCGGUCGUGGUCGUGGUGGAAGUGACAGAGGAAGGGGUGGGCGUGGGGGCAUGCGUGGAAGAGGGCGUGGGGGGAUGGGCAUUGAGAAGUUCGCCUUCGGGAAAACAAGUACAUACCAGAAACACGACGCUAACAGUGAAGCCCGCAAGCACAAGCGAGCUGUGGUGACCAAGUAUAAGCGAAUGCUGAAGGCAGAGGGAGGAAAGGUUGAUGACAGCGCGAAUAGUAGAGUGGAUGGGGUCAUUGAACGCAUCGGUGACGAGGAGAUCACGACUGAGGUGAGGCGGUGGGACUCUGAAGGAGGCGAUUCUGAUGGCGGCAAUGAUGAUAGUGUUACAGUGAGCGAACCCUCCAUAAAGGCAGUGCACGAUAAGACAAGAAAAAAUAAGUCUGAUCCCUAUGCGAAACAAAAAGCUAUCGCCGAAGCGAACAAGGCGGCAAGAGAGGCGGCCCAAAGGAGGAAAGACGAAGAGAUUAAGAUGGCAGAGAAGAAGAAAGAUCAAAGUGUCCGUACGCGAAAGAACAGGACAAAGAAGCUGCAGGCUAGAACGCCCAAGGGCCAACCAGUACUGCGUAACCAAAUGAAAGAUAUAUUGAAGACCCUGAAUCGAGAGAAGUACAGUGCGAAGUCUAAAUGAGCCCGGUAGGUAUCUUUUGCUAUGGAGCUUAUAAUUUAGUUUGAAAACUAAGGAAGAAAGUCAACCGAGGCCAAGUCCCUGACAAUCCCACAGCCUUCCCGUGGUGACCCUUGAAUUCAUGCUACCUGUACUGAGGGCAAGGGCUGGCUAUUGUGGAGGUACUUAUUGAUUAAGCCUGUUUUUUUAAUCGUAGUGCGAUGCAAGGAAAGGAAGCUGCAAAGCGCAGUAUAGUAAUAGUAUGAAGUCAAGGAGGUAUUCGCACCGUCUUAGACUACGGGUAUGAUAUUGCAGUUGGUCAUUGGAGAAGGUGUAGAGGUCAGCAGACAUAUGGCUUCACUAAUCAGUGCUGUGUAGUAUUGUUUGUGCUAUCAAGUGCUUUAACCUACAUCUUGUAAGUAGCACAGCUCGCUAAAAUGGUAGAGCUUCCAAUUGUGAAAUGGAGGCAUGGCGGAACAAUCGAAGACCAGAAGCCUCACGAAGUAUCAAAGGUGCAAGAGUGUUAAAAAGUUAUAGCACGCCAAGCGAACUCUAGUAUUAGUACCUGAACAGAACAUAGCCUUGUGUAAGUCGCAUUGAAGGCUAUGAACAAAACAUAAACCUUUCAC